AGGAGAAAAAUGAUACAAUAAAGAUCGUACAACAGAACAUAUCUGAAUGGCAACUUCCAGAUUUCAAAUUUAUGUCCUGGCUUUAUGUGCAGGCCUCCUUUUUCCAAGCAGCUGCCUUGAGGGUUAUUCUGAGGUUCAGAAGCAACAUGCAGCCUUGUUCAUCUUUGGUGAUUCAGUAUUUGAUGUUGGAAACAACGACUACAUAAAUACAACCGACAUUUUUCAGUCCAAUUUCUGGCCCUAUGGAGAAUCCUACUUCAGGUAUCCAACUGGUAGAUUUUCCAAUGGGCGUCUAAUCCCAGAUUUCAUAGCUGAGUAUGCAAGCUUACCUUAUAUACAACCAUACUUACAACCCGGGUUCGAUGACUAUAUUUAUGGGGUGAACUUUGCUUCUGGUGGGGCUGGUGCUCUAGCUGAAACAUAUCAAGGAUUUGCUAUAGGCUUAAAAACUCAACUUAGUUAUUUCAAAAAUGUGGAGAAGCAAUUGAGGCACAAACUAGGUGAUGGAGAAGCCUACACAUUGAUCUCUACAGCUGUCUACCUAAUUAGCAUUGGAAUUAAUGAUUAUUAUACCCCUCUUACGAAAAAUUACAGCUCGACUCAAAAUGAAGAAUAUGUUGGCAUGGUUAUUGGCAACCUCACAAAUGCGAUCGGGGAAAUAUAUAAGGUAGGUGGUAGGAAAUUCGGGAUUGCAAACUUGUUACCUCUUGGUUGUCUACCAAGCUUUAGAAUACGAAAUCCAGAUAACAUUGGAGCCUGUAUGGAAGAAGCUAUAUCACUAGUGGAAUCUCACAAUAUCGAACUUGCUAAAGCGCUCCCAGAGCUGAAGAGCCAGCUCCAAGGAUUCAAAUAUGCGAGUGCCGAUUUCUACACAUACCUGACUGAAAGAAUGAAUAGACCAUCAGAAUAUGGUUUGAGGGAAGGAAAAGCGGCAUGUUGUGGCUCCGGUCCAUACAGAGGACAUCAGAACUGUGGAGGAAGGGGAGGUGUGAAAGAGUAUGAACUAUGUGACAAUGUAACCCAAUAUGUUUUUUUCGACAAUCAUCCAACUGAAACGGUUUACCACCAAGUUUCUAAGAUAUGGUGGAAUCAAUGUACUUCAAAUGUCACAGACCAUUACAAUUUGAAAUCUCUAUUUGAAAUUUAGAGAAAUGUGGAUUAACAAUUUGAGUUAUUUGCAGACACAUGUUGUAUGACAUCUAUCAUGAUUUUUAUUAAUCUAUUCAAUUUCUGAGAUAAUGUUAUCCGCCAUUUGU